GCUCAUGUUCGGGGAGGAGCGCGAGACACCGAUUCAGUCCCCGUCAGAGAGCGCGAGCUAGCGCGUAGUACACACAAGAAAUGGCGCAAGCUGAAAGAUUCCCGAACUUCGCUAACUUCGCGACGCGCGGCAUGUUCGCUCGGAUAUUACUGCUCGCGAUCUUUCGCGCGGCGCAGGCAAACAAGCAAGCUUUUAUCCAGACAGACACCAUCCUAGAGGUGUUUCACUUUGGUGAUGAAGGCCUCCUUCAGGCAGAGCCAGACAUAAACUCAUAUCACCACAAAAGCUUCCCCCUUCCUGGAGGAAACAGCAGGCCCAUACGGUUCGAGCCGCCAAUGCUGGACUUCCACGAACAGCCGGUGGGGAUGCCCAAAAUGGAAAAAGUUUAUUUGCACAACCCCAGCCCAGAAGAAAUCAGCCUGAUUUCGAUAUCAGCCACAACGGCGCAUUUCCACGCGUCGUUUUUUCAGAACAGGAUAAUCUCGCCGGGGGGGAACACGUCGUUUGACGUGGUGUUCCUGGCGCGGGUGGUGGGCAACGUGGAGAACACAUUAUUUAUUAACACCUCCCACCACGGGGUCUUCACAUAUCAGGUGUUUGGCGUGGGGAUCCCCAACCCAUACCGGCUCCGCCCCUUCAUCGGGGCGAGGGUCCCGGUCAACAGCAGCUUCUCCCCCCUCAUCAACAUCCACAACCCCCACAGCGAGCCGCUACAGGUGGUAGAGAUGUACUCCAGUGGGGGGGACCUCCAUCUAGAGCUGCCCACGGGGCAGCAGGGUGGCACAAGGCACCUAUGGGAGAUCCCUCCGUUUGAGACCAAGGGGGUGAUGCGGGCCAGCUUUUCCUCGCGAGAGGCCGACAACCACACAGCCUUCAUCAGGAUCAAGACCAACGCCUCGGACCCCGACCAGUUCAUCAUCCUGCCCGUGGAGGUGGAGGUCACCGCCGCUCCUGGGAUAUACUCCUCCAUAGAAAUGUUAGACUUCGGUACUCUCCGCUCACAAGAUAAAGCGAAGCAGUUGAAUUUACACCUGCUCAACUCGGGCUCAAAAGACGUGCAGAUUACGAGUAUCAGAGCCAGUCCGGCCAACGAGGCCGUGACGAUAGACUUCAAGGCAAUCACGCUCAAAGCCGGGGAAAAUAAAUAUACCAAAGUCGCAAGUAUUAGUUUUGAUGCCUCCAAGGUCCAGAAGGCGUCGCAGUCGUUGGGAAAAAUUACCGUCAAAGCAAAAGAGAAGAGCUACUCAAAGCUGGAGAUACCGUACCAGGCUGAGGUCCUAGACGGGUACCUGGGCUUUGACCAUACCGUCACCCUGUUCCACAUCCGUGACAGCGUGACGGAGGUGCUGGUGAAACCCAUCCACCUCACCAACACCUUCCACUUCGCCAUCCGCGUGCACCACGUAGCCCUGCCCGACGACGCCAGCGCCAUGUUCAAGGUGCUGAACUUCACGGACCCCGUCCUCAUCCCCUCCCAGGGGUCCCUGUACAUCUUCUCCCUGGAGUUCCGCCCGCUGCGGCCCUCCACCCACGUGGACAGCAACAUCCUGCUGGUCACCAACGCCUCCAAGUUCCACCUGCCCAUCAGGGCCUACACCGGCUUCCUGGAGCCGCUGGCUCUCCCCCCCAGCCUGAACCCCCGCUUCCUGGACUUCGGGGUCCUGAGCGCCACGGACACCAGCAGCAUCCUGCUGACCGUCUUCAACAGCAACCCUAUAGAGCUGGUGCUGCGGCCGUGGCAGGUGACGGGGGAGAGUGUGGUGGUGGAGCUGCUGAAGACGGAGCGGGGGAACCGCACCAGCCUGCUGAGCCGCUCCCGGGAGCUGCUCAACGCCACCGCCUCCACGCACAAAACGGUGAUCCUGGCCUCGGGGUACUAUGCCGUGUUCCGGGUCACCCUGUCCGCCCGGGGGCUGGAGGGCCACUACAACGCCGCCAUACACAUCACCACCGACUAUGAGAUUCUCACCGUACCGGUGAAGGCGGUCAUCGCCGUGGGAACCCUCACCAGUCACCCCAAACACAUCGUACUACCACCGUCGUUCCCAGGUAAAACGGUCCACCAGAGCUUCAGCAUCAUCAGCUCCUUCUCCCAGCGGGUGAAGCUACUGCACAUCCGCUCGUUGAGCGACGACAAGCGCUUCUUCUACCGCCGGCUGAAGACCAGCCGGGACGAGCUGGAGCCUAAGAGGAAGUCCAAGGUGGCAAAGAUAUAUUUUGAUGCCAGCCUGCAGUGUGGGGACUACUGCUACGUGGGCCUGCCCUUUAUUCUGAAAUCGGAGACCCCGGGCCCCGGGUUGGCCCUACAGGAGGACAUGUGGGACGCAGACGUGGACCUCUACCAGAUGUUGAACAAGAGGUGGAAGGCCCUCAAGGAGAGCUCCCAGCACAUAGCGGAGGCGGUGUUCGAGGCCAACGCGGACCUCCAGAAGAACAUGCAGACGCGCGUCCUGGCCCAGCUCAAGUGGCCGUCCAUCAUCAACUCCUCCAGACACGUCAUCUUCCCUCUCACCUCCAUCAACAGCUCCUCGGAGGUGGAGGUGACUCUGGAGAACCCUGCUGACAGCCGUCUCUACAUUCAGAUCCUCCCCCUGGCGCUCUACUCCAACCCCACCGCUGUCACUCACACGCUGGCCCAAACUUUUCCCAUGGAGCGACUUCCCAACUUUGACGCCAGCACCCUGGAGUUCCAGAUCCACAGGAACCAGUCGACAGCCCCCCGGUCCUCCGGGGGUUUCGUGGAAGGCGCCCCCCGGCCCCACGUCUACAACGUUCCCCUGAACCCCGAGGAACACCGGAGGCUCAGGCUGCGCUUCUCCCCGCAGGGCAACCACACGGUGACCUCGCUGCUCAUCCUCAGGAACAACCUGACGGUGGUGGAGUUCCUGGUGGUGCAGGGCCAGGGCUGCUACGAGCGGCUCAAGUUGGGGGGGAAGUACCCGGGGCCGGGGGGCUUCCUGCGCUUCAAGAUGGUGGAGUCCCAUCUCAAGGAGUGCACUGACAAGAACCGGCCGAAGGAGCCCAACUUCACGCUACGGCGGUCGUUCAAGGUGGAGAACACGGGCCGGCUGCCCAUCGUGGUGCGGUCCCUGGAGAUCAACGGCCGGCCUUGUGAGGGCUUUGGCUUCAAGGUGCUCCACUGCCAAGAGUUCUCCCUGGAGCCCAACGCCUCCAGGGACAUCGUCAUCAUGUUCACACCGGACUUCACGGCGUCGCGGGUGAUCCGGGAGCUGAGGCUGAGCACGGCGGGGGGGUCUCACUUUGUGUUCUCGCUCAACGCCUCGCUGCCGUACCACAUGCUGGCGUCCUGCUCCUCAGCCCUGCCCCGGCCCAGCUGGGAGCUGGAGCUCUACAUCAUCAUCUCAGUGGUCAUGAGCUCCAUGUUCCUGCUGGUGGUGGUGACGGCCUACCUGGAGGCCCUGGGCAUCUGGGAGGGCUUCAAGAAGAGGCUCUGCUACGAGGCGGCCAUGGUUCCCCUGGAGACCGGGAAGCCCUUCGACCUGAGGGAGAUCGUCAGGCUGCAGAACGCCGCCUCGCACCCAGCGACGGCUAAGCCCAGCCGUGGCCCCGGGGGUCCCGGCCGGCCCUCCCCCCAGGCCCCCUCGCCUCCCGCGGCGUCCCGGGCCCCCGACGGCCCCGUCCUGGGGGGCCAACACCCCGGACGCAAGGCGCGCUCCUCGGGCCCCAAGCAGCCCCAGGCACAGGGCUCGGGGCCCGGGGCCCCCGGGGGGGUGGUGGCGGGGGGGUCGGGGGUGAGGGAACUCCCCCCCGGGGCUGGGGGCCACGAGGAGCAGGAGUACAACAAGCUGCUGGAGGCCAUGGAUAAGGAUCUGGAGAGGCCGGAGACGGAGAGGGAGGAGCCGGAGGCCCCGCCCUGCCCGCAGAUCAAAGGGGCCAAGGUCAAGCUUCCCCGAAAGCCCAAGGUGCCCAAGAGGAGGGAGGAGGCGGAUCUCCGGCCAAAGGCGGGGAAGGGGGAGGAGCCUCCACGGGAGGAGACGGACGACAGCUCAUCGGUCGCCACGGACACCAGCACCACGGACACGGAGGCCAGCUUCAGGGAGGAGCUGGCAGUGAAGAGGAGCCAGCCUCCUCCUCCCCAGGAGAAGGAGGAGCAGAGCUUCAAACCCAAGAACAAGAAGCAGCAGCCAGCCAACCACACAAAGGACAAGAGUCUGAGCUCCAGCUCUCUGGAGCUGCCCUACGUCACCCCGCUGGAGAACAAACGCAAGGCCUUCACCUCCAAGACGGCCCUGGGCCCCGCCCUGACCGGUCCCGGGUCCCCCGCCGUCACUAAGGUCCUCCCCUCCAAACCCAGAGUGCCUCGAGGGAAGUUGGAGGAGCUGCGCCCCUUGCCGCUCGCCAAGCACCUCCCCAGCCCCGCUGUGGGCGGUGCCGGAGGAGGAGGAGUUGGUGUUGGAGGAGGAGGAGGAUGUGCAGGGAGGAGCAGCAGCGGCAGCAGCUCAGAGGGGGAGAGCAACGUGUCGCCGCCCCCCGAGUGGGACUGUGUCCCGCUGCUCAAGAACACCAGCGCGGUGGACAGCCUCCACCAGAUCUCCCUCCAGACCAUGCAGGCCGACCCUUUCCUGAAGAGGCCCAUGAGAACGCCCCCCCCGCCCCCCCCCUCCACCUCCUCCAGCUCCUCCCUCUACCCCGGUGCCGGCGGCCUGGGACUUUCACCACUCUGUGACCUGGGGUCAAAGGUCACGCCAGCCCCCAAAGGGAAGCUGAUCAAGUCGACCUCGCUGCCGGGGCAGAACGGGAACCCUACCUUCGCCGCUGUCGCCGCGGGUUAUGACAAAAGCCCAGGGGGCAGCAGCUCUGGCCGCAGCCCCAUUAGCAGGACGGGCGUGGCGCCGUCCACCUCGGUGGACAGUGACUGCUCCGACAGGUCUGUCCCUCUCUCCCUCUUACUUCUCAAUCGUCAUGACAACACUAUCAUCACUAUGAUACAAGACCUAACUGUCAUCACUAAGUUACAAGCAGAGAUGAAACGAAUCACUUCAUUAAUGUGCCAGUUUGAUCACCUGACUGACUCUAACCCAGAUUCUAGGACUCUAACCCAGACAGACGUCGGGACUCUAACCAUGAACCAAUGCCUUAUUCUGGGACUCAACCCAGACAGAUGUCUUUACAGUUACAGAUUGACUGAAACGUUACAGAUUGACUGUAAAGUUACAGAUUGCAGAGGGUUGUUGGUUUACGUUCCUUGUGUCUCCUGUAGCCCCGGUCCUCUCAGCCCCAUCGGUAAUGGCCGGGCAACAUCGGGUAUGAGCAACACCUUCUCCGCCUUCGGCAGCAACAACCUGUUCAACCUAUCAGGAGUGUUCAGCGGUAUGACGUCGGCCCGCAGCAUGGUGGAGCCCCCACCCAGCUGGUCCGACUUCGGCCACCUGUCGUCCCCGGCGCCCUGCCCCCCACCCCCCACCUCGGCCUGGCCCAGCGAGACCCUGGAGCCCUGGCCCUGCAGCACCGCCUCCACCGGGAGCACCACCACCUCCAUCCUGGGCAGCAGCAGCCUGUGGUCGUCCAGCCCCCCCUUCAGCCCCUCCAUCUGGUCCACCAGCGCUGACUCCUCCCCCCUCCACACCUUCUCCUCGCCACCUGCCCCCAACCGCCACCUCUCCGACCUCCUGCUGGGGGGGGACGUCUGCCCCCCCUCGCCCGCCUCCCCCCAGGUCCCGGCCUCGCCCGGCCAGCUCAGCCCCGCCUACAAUCCCUGGAGCAUGUGGCGCCCCACCCUUGGGGGCGGCAGCAGCGGGGGUGGAGCCGGGGGCGGCGGGCAUCGACGGAGCUCCGAGCCGUGGCCGAACCCGGACGCCAACGGCAACUGAUCGUCAUGACGGCACCCGCAACCACGGCGGCCGCGUCU